AUGACGGACCAAGUCGUUAAUUCACAACAUAAUCUUGAAAAGGAAUCUAUCGAUCAUGAUUCUUCCAUAAAUGAGGUGACUCAGGAAAAACUGGAAGCUCAAGGUUUUGAUGAAACUUCUCAAUUAAGACUGACACCUGAAGAACAAAAAAUUCGUAUUAGCGAACUUGCAGAAAAGUAUGGUGUUAAUGAGCGUAAACUCAUGCUGAAAUGCGAUUUACGCAUUGUUCCAGCAAUCUGUCUGCUUUAUCUUCUCGCAUUUUUAGAUCGAGUCAACAUUUCUAAUGCUAACGUUUAUGGUCUUGCAACAGAUCUUAACCUGCGUGGCCACGAGUAUAAUACUGCCUUGACUAUUUUCUUUGUUCCAUACAUUGUCUCUGAAAUUCCUUCAAAUUAUCUUCUAAAAAAGUUUAAGCCUCAUGUUUGGCUUACUAUUUGCAUGGUUCUUUUCGGAUGUGUCACCAUAGCUCAAGGCUUUGUUCGAAAUUUUGGUGGUCUUGUUGUCACUAGAUUUUUCCUCGGUCUCUGCGAAGCAGGUAUGUUUCCUGGUUGCUUCUAUCUUUUGUCCAUGUGGUACCGCAGAGAAGAAGCUCAAAAACGUUAUUCGUUUUUCUUUUCCUCCACUUGUCUUGCUGGUGCAUUCAGUGGCUUGAUUGCCGCAGGUAUCUGGCGGUUAGAUGGAAAAAGAGGUCUUGAGGGUUGGAGAUGGAUUUUUAUUAUUGAGGGCGCUGUUACAGUCUUCUGCGCUUUGCUAAUGUUUUUCUGUGUUUCUGACUUUCCUGAAGAUGCAUCUUAUCUCGAGGAAAAUGAACGUCUAUUUAUUAAAGAAAAGCUUGCUUUAGAUGUGGGCGACUCUUCUCAUGAUGUUAAAAUUACAUUCAAAGGCAUUCUUAGAGUUUUUAAAGAAUGGAAGAUUUGGUUUAGUGGUCUCAUGUACUUUUGCCUAAUUAUUCCUGCAUACGGUUAUGCUUACUUUGCUGCCGCUAUUGUCAAGUCAUUAGGACAUUCACCUCUCAAAACUCAAUUUUAUUCAGUCCCUCCCUGGGUCGUUGCUUUUGGUCUUUCCAUGAUUAUGGCUGUGUUCUCCGAUCGUUUAAGACACAGAUUCUCAUUUUCUUUUGUUUGCUGCUUAAUUGCAGCUGCCGGAUUUAUCAUGCUUUUGGCCAAUAAAACAAAUGUCCAUGUUCGUUAUGCCGGUCUCUUUUUAGCAGCUUCUGGUCUUUAUACAGCCAUGCCUAUUCUUGUUUGUUGGACAAACAUGAAUUUUUCAGGUCAUCAUCGAAAGGCUAUUUCUACGGCCUGGCAAGUAUCGUUCGGAAAUAUUGGUGGCAUCAUUGCAACGUUCUCUUUCUUAGCUAAAGAUGCCCCUCAUUAUAUCAAAGGUGUUUCCAUCGGCCUUGCCUUCUCUCUUCUGGCUGGUAUUUUGAUGAUUGGUUAUCUCCUGGGUUUAAUGUAUGACAAUAAAAAAAAGCGUACUCCUGAGGCUAUUGCCAAAUGGGAAAAUCUUUCACCAGAAGAAAAGAGAACAGCUGGUGACUUGAGUCCAUACUUUUUUUAUGACUAUUAA